GGGCCCGGGGCAUGGAGAGCCUGCUGGAGAACCCGGUGCGCGCCGUGCUCUACCUGAAGGAGCUCACCGCUAUCGUGCAGAACCAGCAGAGCCUCAUCCACACCCAGCGCCAGCGCAUCGACGAGCUGGAGCGGCGCCUGGACGAGCUGAGCGCCGAGAACCGCAGCCUCCGCCAGCAGCACCCGGCUCCCGCCGCCGAGCUCCAGCCGCGCCCGCCGGCUCCCCCCGCGCCCGCCCCCGAGCCGCUUCAGCACCCCCAACAGCUCCCGGCGCCGCAGCCGCUCCAGGGCAGGCAGGCUCAGCAGGGCCCCAGCGGCGGCGGCAGCAGCAGCCGGGCUCCCGCUCACCAGCACCCCCCGCUCCAGCCCCAUCAGCACCCCCCGGAGAAAGACAGCAGGGAGAGGGGCUGCUGCACCACCCUCCUCCAGCACAAACCCGCCCCGGCCAUCGGCAAAGGCGCCCUGAGCAGGAGACCAGAGUAA